UCAUUACAAACUCCUGCCUGCCUGCAUUUCUCAGAGUGACUCCCCUUCUGAAGCAGCAGCAGCCGCAGCAGCAGCAGAGACGUGCUGUCUUUCUCUGCAGGCUUUCAGUUCCACAGAGGUCGAAACACGGGAAGCAAAACACACACAGACCGCAAUGGGGACGAGCUGAGCCGGAGAGACAAGCGAUCUGUCGUGUUCUUUUUUUUUUUUUUUUUUUUUGUGAAGAGAACGGUGUGCGGGACAGGCGUUUGGGUCGCGGCAGAGAUUUCACAUCAGAGACGUUAACGGCUAAUGAUCGGAGCUGCAUACCUGAAUACCUGCGGCGGUUCGCAGCGACGUUAGCGCUCACACUUGAGAGUGAGACGGGACAGAGAGACUACAACGCGGGGCGGGAGAAAGUUUCUCAAGCUUGGCGCCACCUUAGCGGUUAAACAAUGCGGCUGACCCUGACAAAGUCGCUUUCAUCGGCUGUCCUGCUAAUCCUGCUGGCUGUCCGCUGGUCCGACAGCAUUUUAAUGUCUCCUCAAGAGGCCAACCAGUUUCUGAGCAGACACAGGAGAGCAAACCAAGUUUUCGAGGAGACUAAGCAAGGGCACUUGGAGAGGGAGUGUGUGGAAGAAAGGUGCAGCAAAGAGGAGGCCAGAGAAGUGUUUGAAAACGACCCAGAGACGGAUUACUUCUAUCCUAAGUAUUUAGCCUGUGUGGAGAAAUAUGGAGAUUCUGAUAAGAAAAAACAAGAUCUGAUCACGUGUGUCCAUAAUAUUCCAGACCAGUGCUCUCCUUCUCCCUGUAAUCCAGUGGGAACAGUGCGGUGCGAGGACAAAAAGGGUGACUUCCUGUGUCACUGUUUUACAGGCUGGACAGGAGCCAGCUGUGAGAAAGAUGUUGAUGAAUGCAGCAAGAAAGAUGGAGGGUGUGACCAUGAGUGCAACAACACUAUGGGUAGUUACCGCUGCUCCUGUCACCAAGGCUACAUGCUGGUUGGACGCCACACAUGUAAUGAUGUCGAUGAGUGCGAGGAUCCGGGUGUGUGUGGAACGGCACGGUGUGAGAAUAAAGAGGGCAGCUACGAUUGCUUGUGCGACAUCGGCUUUGUGUAUGACAACGAAAGCAAAAGCUGUGUUGAUGUGGAUGAAUGCCAGGCUGAUGUGUGUGCAGAGCAGUGUUUGAACACUCCGGGAAGUUUCCGUUGCUUCUGUGAUGGUCGUCAAAACAUGAAACUGGCACAGGACCUCAGGAGUUGUGAGCCUAUAACACCCUGCAUGUCACCGUCGCUGAAGAGGAAUCCCCGUUCACUUUACUUGGGUCGUAUGUUCAGCGGCGUGCCAGUGGUGCGGCUGCGUUUCCGCCGCAGGGUUCAGACGGGUUUUUCAGCAGAGUUUGACUUCCGCUCCUUCGAUCGUGAGGGGGUGAUCUUCUUUGCCGGAGGCCACUUGAACAGCUCCUGGAUUGUGUUAGCAAUGCAUCACGGGAGGCUGGAACUGCAGCUGAAAUACGGCGCGGUCAGCAGGGUGACCAGCAGCGGACCUAUCGUCAAUGAUGGCCAGUGGAGAAAGAUCUCUGUGGAGGAGCAGGGGCGGAGCCUCGUGAUUAAGAUUGACAGGGAGGCUGUCAUGAAGAUUGCUGUUAAUGGAGAUCUGUUCACACUAAAUAAAGGCAUGCACGAACUCAACCUCACUGUCGGAGGAGUCCCUUUCAAAGAGAACGGCCUUGUCAAUCAGGUAAACCCACGUCUAGAUGGUUGUAUGAAAGAGUGGCGCUGGCUGACGGGUGAAGACACCUCCAUACAAGAAACUAUUCGGUCCAACGACAACAUGCAGUGUUUCAGCUCUGAGGUUCCUGGAGCAUAUUACCCCGGCACAGGCUUUGCUCUCUUCAACAUUAGUUAUGAAUCACAGAACCUCAGCGUCACUUUGACCCUGCAUCCAGUAUCUGCUAUUGGAGUGCUGUUUGCACUUGUUCACCAAGACAGAGUGCCGCUCUCCAUCGUUCUUGCCGACUAUCAUCCCCCAACCAAUGAAUGGCAGGAUUUUAUUCUGGUCUGUGUAGGUGACACUGUGAUUGCCAGCACCCCGGCGUCCUUGUGCGAUGGUGAGAAUCAUGAGAUCCAGGUGACAAUUGCAGGCAACCAGACUGUCUUACAAGUCGAUGGUCAAUCUGAACGAAGUGAAAACUCAGAUGUUCCUACUGACCUCUUCUCACAUUCCAGCACCUUUAUUGGAGGCCUCCCAGAUGUUUCUCUAGUGUCCACACUUGUGUCGGCGCCCUACAGCGGUUGUAUGGAGGUCAGUGUCAAUGGACAAUCUCUGGACCUGGACCAGGCCAUCCACAAACACAACGACAUCCGCUCACACUCCUGCCCCCUGCUGGACUCUCACUAGUGACAAGUGCUUGAGUCUGCUCAAAAACAACAAUUUAUAAGCAGUUCUGUGAGGCAAUGGGGAUAGUGUCAAAUAAAUUAGUAAAAGCCCUAACAAGUGGGGAGUGGUUUAGAUUGGAAUUUGAUAAAGAAUUAACCCACAGGAGCCCUCAGCUCAUAGCCCACUUCUAUUCUUUACACUGUGAUGACAGUGCUGCCUUGAGGCAUUUGCAGGGAUUUUCACAGUUCUUUUCAGUAUUACAACUUGAGCGACAAAUCCCCAGUAAAAAGCAAUGAAUAGGCAAAUAAUAUACUGCAUAACAUUGUCUCAAAAACUGCCCAUGUAUCACAGCCUUGUAAGCCCACAAGGACACACAUGGUCUUUUUCAGAUCAGUGUUAAAAGGUUUGUCUUAGGUCAGGCAUCUUUGCCUUUGCCUGGCAUCAUGCGCUUAAAAACCAGAUUUAACUGUACCUGUGUAAACAGUGUGACUACUCUGGUCAUGUUGCUUACGUUCAGUUCAUCUAAUGAAUUGUCCACAUCCCCAAAGCUUGAUUUACAUGAGUCCUUGUGCUGAAAAAAAUUUAAAAAUGGGGACCAGAUGUGCUGUCCUGAAUUAGCUACCUUACUCAACAGGUGCUCAGACCUUCAUGAGUGUUUGGUUCAUAUUGAUUGAUUGUAGAUUUCAAUCUUAUUUGCCCUUAAAAUGCUGAAUCCCCUCCUGUACUGCAGCAUGGAGGUGGGGAAUUAGGCACAACUUUGUGUUUUGUAGACAACCUUGCACAUCGCUGCAGGUAGAAAUGGACAGCUACAAAAAGCCAUUUUCUCUCAAUUAGAAAAGCACUUCAUUUCUGCCUGCAGCCUUAAAAAUCAACCAUGUGCCUAAGAAAAGAACAACCAACACAAAUACGUCAACAGAUUCCCUCCAAACAGGUGAACAAAGGUGCAGUACUGUAACAACCUAACAAACAAAACCAUCAUGUCUCCCAAUGAAAUGUACCCAUUGCAGUGAAUACACUAUGCAUUUUCACCUUUGUAUUUUGGAGUAUUCUAGUCUGACUGAAUCUGACUGGUCCUCCUUCUUAAGUCACCCAACUUCAUCACUAAGACCCCUUCUUUCCCUCAGAAUUACUCAACCACAGAUAAAAACCUGCCACACACCAAGCUGAGGAUGAUAGAUUAGCCACAGAAGCACAGGGAGACAGGAAGGGGCCCUCUCCAUGCAGGAGAGACAAACCACUGCUUUGAUCGCACCACACAAGCUACUGAGAAAAACAAGAGUGCGCUGUAAUAUAAAGAGUAUGUAAAUAAUGUGACUGUACAAUGCUUUCUAAAGGACAGAAAUAAAACACUACCUUAUGUUCCCUGAAGUUUUCUGCACAGUUAAGUUGAUCAGAAAUAAAAAAAAAAAAGAACUUUCUCAACACCUGCGUCUAUAGAAAGAAUCUGUACUAAAUCUGUUGUCUUCCUGAAGCAGGAAU